AAGAAUGUUGUGAAGCUCUUAGGCUUAUGUUUGGAGACCAAAGUUCCAUUGUUGGUUUAUGAGUUCAUUUCAAAAGGAACCCUCUACCAUCAUAUCCAUGACAAGCGAUCACAUGUUUUAAGGUCAUGGAAGAAUCGUCUGAGGAUCGCGGCAGAGACUGCACUUGCACUUGACUAUUUGCAUUCUUUAGCAGACCCACCAAUCAUUCAUGGUGAUGUGAAGUCAAUGAACAUAUUGUUGGACGAUCAUUACACAGCCAAAGUAUCUGAUUUUGGGGCUUCUGUACUCAUCUCACCAAACCAAACUGGAAUAGGCUCCAAAAUACAAGGAACACUUGGGUAUUUGGAUCCAGAGUACCUAAUGACUGGUAAUUUGACAGCAAAGAGUGAUGUUUAUAGCUUUGGAGUCGUCUUGGUGGAGCUGUUGACUGGGGAGAAGCCUGCUUCAGGUGUUAGAGAUGGGGAGAAGAGAAACAUCAUUCAGUAUUUCAUUUUAUGUGUUGAAGAUGGUCGUAUUGCCCAAGUUUUGAAUUUUGAGCCAGCCGAUGAUGGGGAAAUGGAGGAAGUAGAAGCAGUUGCUGACCUUGUGAAGAGAUGCCUCAAUGGGAGUGGCCUAAGAAGGCCAACCAUGAAGGAAGUUGCCGAGGAGCUUGCAAGGCUAAAAAAGCUUAGUGAUAACUUCUGGGCUCAAGGGGAAAAUGGAGAAACUGAGUGCUUGCUUGGAGAAUCCUCAUCAUAUACUUACGAAUCUUUAAAUGCCAAGAUGGAACAAAUGGAGACCUAUACUGUGCACACAACAUUUGACAUUGAACAGGCAUCAACUCUUGGCAUCUAGUCUUUCUUGCUACUAUAAUCUUCCAUAUAUAUGUGAUUAGUUACAAUAAUUUCCUAACAUAUGCUGAGCAUUUGUGAAGGCUUUCCUUGCUACUUGGUUCUUGGUUCUCUAUGUUUAUACAAGAUAAGUGUUGUAUUUGCUAAAUUUGAUUUAAGUGGGUCAAAAAGUUAAUAAAAUAUGAUUUUUCUG